AUGCGUUCUUCCAUCGUCGUUCUUGCCCUGUCGGCCCUUGCUGCCGCUCAGUCUUCUGGCGUUGUGGGAGCUCAGACCACAGGUGUCACUGUCAUCGGUCCUGAGGUUAGCGCUACCGCUGCUACCUCUACUGCCACCGCUACUGCCACCGAUACUGCCACCACUACUGCCACCAGCUCCACCACUUCGCAGCCCGUGAUCCCAACUGCCUCCACCGUCGUUGGAUCCAGCGGCCUCCCCUCUUCCUUCUCCACCGUCCCUUCUAGCAGCGGCGUCAAGAGCUCUACCAAGACCCCCUCGACCGAAACUGCCACCGCGACCACAACCGAGUCCACCUCCACCGGCAAGUCCAGCGCCUCCUCCACCAAGUCCAGCUCCAGCAGCUCGACCUCCAACGCUGCCAUGCCCAUGGCGACCGGCUCUCUCGGACUGUCCGUCAUGGCUGGUGCCGCGCUGGCUGCCUUCCUGUAA